AUGUCCGCGAAGAAGCGCACCCUGGAAUUGGGGAAUGUGAUGGUGGUCGGAGGCUGUGGCUUCCUGGGGUGGCACAUCGUCGAUCACCUGCUGAACUUCCCCUCGGAGACCGACCCCAGCGUUGCUCUGCCCAAGCCCCAGGGCGAUGCGCGCUUCGACUACCCGACUCUGGCCUCGCGUUACCCGGAAUACAAGGCCAAAGUCUCAGUAGUGGACCUACGCACAAACAACAACCGUCUCCCCGGAGCCGAGUACUACGAAGGCGACAUCACGUCGGCGGAGUCUAUGUUGAAGGUAUUCCGUGCCGUCCAGCCCGACCUGGUCAUCCACACCGCUUCGCCGUCACCCAUCGAGGCAAGCAAUGAACUGCUACGCAAAGUCAAUGUGGACGGAACGCGAACGUUGCUGGAGGUGGCCGGUGGUGAGCGCGGCGACUGGGGUGGAAAGUGCAAGGCAUUCGUCUACACGAGCUCCAGCUCGGUGGUGCACGACACGGAGAGCAACCUGGUCAACGUUGACGAGAGCUGGCCCUUAAUGCGCGGCAAGCUUCAGAAGGAGUACUACUCCGAAACCAAGGCCGACGCCGAAGAAUUGGUCCUCAAGUACAACCGCAAGUCGCCCUCUGGAAUGGUGACCGCUGCGAUCCGGCCCGCCGGCAUCUUCGGAGAGAAGGACACAACGCUCACACACAAGAUGGUGGAGCAUGGGACCCAGGCGUCGUCGACAGUGCUGAAGAUGCAGCUGGGCGAGAACAACAACCUCUUCGACUUCACCUACGUCGGCAACAUUGCCUACGCGCACAUGCUCGCCGGGAGCCGGUUGCUGGCGACUUUCGCGCGCUACGAGGCCGGCCAGGGCGGGCCCCUGGACCACGAACGCGUUGACGGCGAAGCGUUCAACAUCACCAACGAUUCGCCGGUCUACUUCUGGGAUAUGGGCCGGGCUAUUUGGGCCUUGGUCGGCCGGGUGGUCGAGCCUGACCAGGUCUGGGCGUUGCCCGAGGGUCUUCUGGGCACUAUUGGCGGCAUUGCGGAGACUGUUCUCGGUAUUUUUGGAAAGACGCCGCGUUUGACCCGUCGCCAAGUGCGGUACUCGUGCAUGACUCGCUACUUCUCCAUCGAAAAGGCCAAAUACCGUCUGGCGUACCUGCCUGUCGUCACUGUGGACGAGGGCGUAGCUCGUGCCGUUGGAUACGUUAUUGAAGGGCGACAGACCGCGGCCGGCAAGAAGGCACUGUAA